UUUCCAUCACCUGUCGGCGGAGUGCCCUUCCCUUCAGACCUCGUUGUCUCUGUGCUAUUCGCGCUGCUUUAUGGGCUCUUAAUCCCAGUACUCGCUGGACGUGUUAUCAACAAACACUAUCGCUCCACUCUCAGCAUCAACACUGCAGUCCUGGCUAUUGAGAGGUUGAUCGUGUUUUGUCUUCGAGCAGCACAGUCUCAAAAGCCCGAUCUGAGGACUUCACAGACCCUCACCACAUACAUUCAAGUUUCCAUCGGGUUGGGAUACGUGGUGAUGGUGCAAGACAUCGUUGCCCUUCUAAGAUGUGUUUUGGUCAACUCUACCGUAGGGUCGCUCCUCCAUCCUAGCUCGCCAAACCCUUCUAUACAAAGCGUUUCCUCGCAGUCGCACCUUCAUAUGGCGGAUCACUCCGUGGUUCAGGAUCAGCCGCGCAGGAGGUUCUGGUAUCGGCGCUUGACCGAUUUUAUCAUGCUCCUCAUCCUGGCUUCCCUCCUUGUGGGUGUCAUCGGCAACUCGCGCUAUCGGAGAGCGAUGAGCAACCCGAACUACACCCAACAAGUGACGCAACUCCGUUACGCUAGUUCAGGCAUUGCCCUGGCGGCAAUUAUAACAACCGCCUUUGUUGUGUCGUGGGCUGCGUUCGCGUUGCCCAAAAUGCAGAAGAGCCAGGUCAUGAUCCUCCUUGUGCUUUGCGCAUGUACUGCUACUUCGGCGAUAUACCGCCUCGCAGUUUUGCACAACGACACAACAUCUUUGACUUCUACGGCAUCUGGAUCGGGAAACACCGCCGCUGAGAAGACAGAAUUUUAUAUUUUCCACAUGCUGACCGACUGGACGGCAGGUGCGCUUCUCCUGCUUCCCAAUAUCAAGACAAGGUUUGGUACUGGAAUGUGGGGAGAUUGGCGAUCCUCAGACGAGUCAAUCCGGAAGAGG